GCAUUGUUGCUGCGGUGCUCUUCUGUGGUGGUAGUAACCAAUACCGCUACAGAGUGUAGCGCCGCUUUCCAUGCACCGCGCUUUGUCUCUCUCUCUCGCUCUGUGUCCUUCCCUCCUCUCGGUCUUGCCUGUGCUUGGCCUUCUGCGAGCGGGAAUACUUCUACUACUGUAGUUUGCCUGUGCCUUGGCUGAAGAUAGUCAUUUUUCGCCUUGUUUGACGCUCUCAGCUGAGAGGAUUCAUUUCAUUUCGCUUGCGGUGUUUCUUUCGUGACGCCUCGUCGAUCGAUUGUUACCCCAACUGUCGGCUCAGCUUUGUCUCUUUCUUGUUUUGUCGCUGCCGUCAGGGGAGUGAACGUCAACGCAAACGCUGUUGAGCUGUGCGUCUCCAGCCCAGCUUGUCGCCGUCUGUCAGUCUUUGCCCGUUGUCUCUGUUGCGGCUGAGUCUCUCGGAUUGCCAAGAUGAAGACGACAGCGCUCUCCGUUCUUUGCCUCCUUCUUGUUGUCGGUGCUGUGGCUGGGAGGACCGAAGGUGGUGGUGUUCGGCCAUGCGCGAUGAACUUCGAGAACUUCGACUUCAGUCCUCUCACGUCGUCUUGUAACCCCUCCGCGAUGACGUCGGAGAGUUGCUGCCGACAGUUUGAUUCCAUCUUCCAGUCGGACUUGGAUGAACUGGUCGACAACGUGGUGUGCGAGGAGGAAAUCUUCAGCCGCCUGGAAGCGCGUGGGUACAAGGCGGUCGCCUUUGAUACUCUGUGCUUGGGAGGAGGAAGAAGGGAGAUGCAGACCACCGCCCGCUCCACCACUCCGUCGGCUCCCGCCUCCCAGCCCAAUAGUGCAUUCACGACGGCUGUUCCCUUGUCCCUUCAGCUUGCGCUUGCUAUGGGUGCUUUCAUCGCUCUCUUUUGAAUUCAGUUCAGGAGUGAUAGGGAUUAGCCGCCGCGCGGGCAAGUUGGUGAGAUUGAUGGUAGUGGUGAUGUCGUGGGCCGGCCUUGCCAUGGAAUCGUCGUUUGGACGAUAUGAGGAUGAGGUAAACGGAAGUGUGGUGGGUAAAAAUGCAUGAGGAGUGGGUAAAAAUGCAUGGUAUCUGCUGCUGUAUUUUGGCCCUCCACAGUGUUUGAGGGGCGUUGUUUCACGGACCGGUUUGUGGGGGGGUGAUAAUGAUAAGUUUUUUGGCCAUGCAGGCAGGCAAGUUUUGCGGGCAAGAUGAGUGGAGAAUUUCGGAUGCUGAGGUAAGUAAUGUAAUGCACUAUGGGCCUCACUCCAUUGCCCUCGCAUCGUGCAAAACGAGAGUGAAUCUUCCGCUAGAGCGUGGAAAAAUGCUAUAUCGCGAUGUGUGUGGUCUUUUUGUGCAUGUCGAGAGUAGGUGAGCGAGGCCCUCUGUGGUGUGUGUUUCUUCGGCUCCGCAGUGGUUGACGCCGUUGUUCAUGGACGUGGUUUGUGAGGUGGUAAGGUUGUUGGUCGUGCGCGUAAGUUGUGGACAAGAUGAGGAGAACGGGGUUGAGGUAGGUAGUGCAAGGUGUCGUGUGUAUUUUGGACUCCACGUAGUGUUUGAGGCGAGGGAAGGGGUUUGCUGAUUUGGACGGAUGGGGUUUGGUAGGCGCUUUAAUCUGAAAUCUUGCUGAUUGGGCUUUUCGUAAAUUAUUAUUAGAUUAUGCAAUAUAUGGUCAAGUCAGUAGUACAUCUUGGCUCCACCCUUUUCGAAGGGGCGGCGGAGCGGUCGCGCCUUUUUUGCACAGCGGAGGGAGCAAACGGGGGAGGAAUUGUUGGGCGCGGAAUACAGUGUACCACAACGCGGGAACGGGUACUUUUAGUGGGGGGGGCGGACGGGGGAGGUGGUGUUUGAUGUGACUAUGUGUGUGGCGUCUUUAUGGCGUCUACUACGUGCUGAGAGUGGGGUCUUUCUUGGGCGUAAGGCAGGAUGAGGUCAGGUGAAGGUUCUCUUCUUGCUUUGUAGGGGAUUGGUAAGAGCGGUGGGCGGCUUGGCAUCCAUCUAUUGUUUUAUUUUGUUUUUUGGUACGCGCCAGAGUCGGCUGGCUGCUGUGUUGCGCAGCGAUGUCGGUCGCGCGUGCGUAAUUGACGAUGAUUUUUUUUUGUUUUCGACUGUCAAAGAUUGUCCUUUUUUCUUUUCUUUCCCUUCCGUUCGCUAAGGACUGCUGCUAUUCAUUCAUUGGUUUGACAUGGCAUCGUUGCCUCGUUGCCGUCGGCUGCGGCGGCCAAACAUUCGGGCUCAGUGGAGUGACCCUAUAUUUUGAAAAGCUACUUUACCAUGGGAAAUUACUGAGGAUGACACAGCGGCUGUCCUACCGGAGAACGACUGUCAGCCAGCCGAUCGAGUUGUUCUUGCAGGGGCACAAACCGUUAUGUUAUGGGCGCCAAUCAGCCAGCAUGAGCAUGUCGUCGCUUCAAGGCAUGUAUCUGAUUGCAAUUACGACCGCAGCUGGCCGCAUCUGACCCGAAUCACGUCCAGAGCUCCGUCGAAAAAGUCCCGGGGUGCGAGUUCCCUUAGUGGCAUGGGCUUAGGUCUAGAGACUGGCACGGA